CGGACCGCCGGGCCGGCGGGGGGCGCCGCAGCGCGCGGCGCGGGGUGAGAGGUCGGGACGAUGGCGGCGGCCUUGGGCGAGGAGGCGCCGGACAACGAGGACUACUACGGGCUGCUCAACGUGCGCCGCGAGGCCUCCCAGGAGGAGCUGAAGGCCGCGUACCGCCGGCUGUGCAUGCUGUACCACCCCGACAAGCACCGCGACCCCGAGCUCAAAACCCAGGCUGAGCGGCUCUUCAACCUUGUCCACCAAGCGUAUGAAGUGCUUAGUGAUCCACAGACCAGAGCCAUCUAUGACAUAUAUGGGAGGAGAGGACUGGAGAUGGAAGGCUGGGAGGUUGUGGAACGAAAGAGAACUGCAGCUGAAAUCAGGGAAGAAUUUGAGCGUUUGCAGAGAGAGAGGGAAGAGAGGAGACUGCAGCAGCGAACUAAUCCAAAGGGAACAAUUAGUGUGGGAAUAGAUGCCACUGACCUGUUUGAUCGCUAUGACGAGGAAUACGAAGAUGUGCCUGGGAGCAGCUUUCCCCAGAUUGAGAUAAACAAAAUGCACAUAUCCCAGUCCAUCGAGGCACCCCUGACUUCCACGGAUACAGCAAUACUGUCUGGUAACCUUUCCACCCAGAAUGGGAAUGGAGGGGGAUCAAUUAAUCUUGCACUGAGACGAGUGACAUCUGCCAAGGGAUGGGGAGAGCUGGAAUUUGGAGCUGGAGACCUUCAUGGACCUCUCUUCGGGCUGAAGAUAUUUCGUAAUCUUACACCAAGAUGUUUCAUCACCACAAACUGUGCCCUGCAGUUCUCUUCCCGUGGGGUCCGUCCUGGCCUCACCACGGUCCUGGCCCGCAACCUGGACAAGAACACCAUGGGCUACUUGCAGUGGCGAUGGGGAAUCCACUCAGCCAUGAACACCAGUAUUGUCCGAGACACCAAAACCAGCCACUUCACCGUGGCAAUGCAGCUGGGAAUCCCCCAUUCUUUCAUGAUGGUCAGUUACCAGCAUAAGUUCCAGGAUGAGGAUCAAACACGAGUGAAAGGUUCUCUCAAGGUGGGUUUCUUUGGGACCAUAGUGGAGUAUGGAGCAGAGAGGAAGAUUUCCAGACACAGUGUUUUAGGAGCCACCGUCAGCGUUGGUGUUCCUCAAGGAGUGUCCUUGAAAAUCAAGCUGAAUAGGGCCAGCCAGACCUACUUCUUCCCUGUCCAUCUAACAGAUCAGCUGCUUCCCAGCGCCGUGUUCUAUGCCACCGUGGGACCUCUCGUGAUCUACUUCGCCAUGCACAGGCUGGUCAUCAAACCCUACCUCAGGGCACAGAAGGAGAGAGAGCUGGAGAAGCAGCGGGAGAGCACAGCCAGCGACAUCCUACAGAAGAAGCAGGAGGCUGAAGCUGCAGUCCGGUUAAUGCAGGAGUCAGUCCGAAGGAUAAUUGAAGCAGAGGAAGCCAGAAUGGGUCUGAUUGUAGUGAAUGCCUGGUAUGGGAAGUUUGUUAACGACAACAGCAGGAAGAAUGAGAAGGUGAAGGUUAUAGAUGUGACUGUGCCCCUGCAGUGCUUGGUGAAGGAUUCUAAACUCAUCCUUACAGAGGCCUCCAAGGCUGGGCUGCCAGGCUUCUACGACCCCUGUGUGGGUGAGGAGAAGAGUUUGAAAGUGCUUUAUCAGUUCCGAGGAGUUCUGCACCAAGUGAUGUCAGCUGACAAUGAGGCCCUUAGGAUACCAAAGCAAUCUCACAGGAUCGAUGCCGACGGCUAAUCCGGGGAACGCGCAUCUCUCACGGUACCUGGGUCAACAGAAACUGCAAAACCUCCCCCGGACGCUGCGAGUUUGAACAGAGACACUUUUAUUUUUACUGCCUGUAUAGCAGGCGGUGUCCUGCCGGUUCUGUUAGGGACAAAAGGACAGACCCUGCUGCUCCAGGCGGCUCCCAGGCAAUAUCUGAGUUGUGGCUCGGUACCCAAUAAAGCAGCGUGACUCUGAGUGCACAGUGCUUUCUGCCGAGGGGCUGAGCUGGGGACAUCCUGCUCCCAGCUGGCCACGGCCCGUUCGUGCACUCACACCUCUCUCCUGGCGCUCAGCAGGGACGAAGACCUGUUCUUCUCACUUCUCCACGUACUUCCUGGGGUGGGUAACACACCUUCUCCUUCUCGUGAGGCCGCCUCCUAGAAGUCCCCUGUGCAGAUACUUUUGGAGAGAGGUCAGUGAUUGUUUCAAUCAAAAAUCUGUGUUUGAAAUGCACUUGUUAAGAAAAAUAUGUGCUUAAAUAUGAAUGAAUUUGCCUUUUGAAGUAACAUGGACUUCUUCAGCAGCAAUCUGUGCAGCUGCUCAUUUCCAGCACUGCUCUUCCAGACAAGGACACAGUGUAUCAUAGUUUUAUUAAUUCUUCUGCCACCCACAACCAUGUAUUGUCAAGGAUUUCCAGAAAAGAGGAAAGCAGGUGAGAGAGAAGGACAGCAAUUAAUUCCAUUUGAUUCUGAUGCUGCAACUAUCUCUUCGCAUCUAAUUUAUUUCUAGAAAAAGUAAAUGUAGUUCAUAAAGUAAACCAUACCAAAGUGAGGAGAGAGGACAAAUGGAUAAAGAGCUGAAAAUGUAACACUCAUCUGCUCUUUCUUAAAGGCAGCAGUUACAGCUUUAUUUUGCCUAGAAAGCCCUGCCAGGGAUUUCCAGCAGAAGGGCCGUCCUAGGCUGGUGACACAGCAGCUGGAAACAGCACCUUGUAGAAUCUGUUACACACUGGGUACAUCAGCACAUCUGAGGCUUUUGCAGAGACAAGGAAUCAUGGUGGCUGUUCGUUGGUCAUAGUUUUGUUCUGGCUAAGUCCAGACCAGCCUUCAUUGCUCACGGUUGAGAGCAGAGGGGAAAACACCACAGUCUUGGCAGUGCAGAGUUGUUUUUGACAACUCCUGCCAUAACUCCUUUCCUGACAUGGACCUGGCCCCUGUUCUGGGCAGCUGUGGUUCUCUGUGCUCCCGUCACUGCACCAGGAGAAUGAGAUUUCCAAAAUAAAUGCUUUCCCUUGUAAAAAACAAGUUGCUAUUUUGAAAGGGUGUUCAUUUGUUUUUAUUAAAACCAAAACAACUCAGUUGUGACCAGUUCCUGGUGCAGGGCUUUAUUUUACCUAUGGCCAGCGUUCUGUUGAUCUCAAAAUAAAUGUAAAAUGUGCAAUAAACUAUAUUCAGCUGAAAA